AUGAAUGGUGAUACAUUCUAUGACUGGUUUUGUGGAGUUUUGCCCAAACUGAAAGAAAAUGCAGUCAUAGUUAUGGACAAUGCUUCAUACCAUUCGGUAAAACAGCACCCCAUCCCUACAAUAGCCUGGAGAAAAGACAAAAUUAUUGAAUGGUUGACUUCAAAAGGCUGUCAUGUGAAUACGUCGUUGGUGAAACAUUUGUUAUGGGAAAAGGUGCAGGAAAUUAGACAUCAUCAUGACAAAUAUAUAAUCGACGAAGAAGCAUUGAAAUCCAACGAAAUAGUGUUGCGUCUUCCGCCUUACCACUGCGAAUUAAAUGCAAUAGAAAUGGCGUGGUCGGUUGUAAAAAAUCACGUGAAAAUGAACAAUACUACAUUCAAAAUCAACGAUGUAAAACAACUACUGAUGGAUGGCGUCAGAAAUGUGACACCAGACAUGUGGGCCAAUUUUGUAAGUCAUGCAAUGAAGGAAGAAAACAAGUUGUGCACUAUUGAUAACAAUACUGACGAAUUAUUAGAUCAACAAGAUACAUCUCAUAUCAUGCAAAUCACAGGGGACACGUCUUCUUCCGAUGAUUCAGAUUAA